CGGCAUAAGUGCGCUCCUUCUGCAGCGUCCAUUCUGACUGCUUCACUCCUCUGCUCCACCACAGCCUAGUUAGUUAGUUGUAGUUAGUAGUAGUAGUAGUAGUAGCAGUAGUACCAAAAUCUGCACACACACACACACAAGAACACACAUAAAGUGUAAUGUUGGUGCUUCACUGCUCGGAAAAGUCUGAUUCAGCAGAAGAGUGAAGAAGCGCUCAUUUACCAUGAGCUGUUUGGAUGUUAUGUACCCAGCCUAUGGACAUUACUCGUCUUACUCUGCCGCCGCUCCUGCUUUCAUCAACAGUUUACAGACUCCCACCAGUGUAACCAGCACCUCACCUCCGUGUCGGGACUUUAUGGACACUCCCAGGGGUCCAGAGGGGAUGUCGGGGGGCCAGGGCACUGUCGGCGGAUCCACAAACUCAUCCUCUUCGUCGGCUUCCUCCUCCUCCUCCUCCUCCUCAUCUUCGUCCUCCUACACGUCGGCAGCUCCGCGGCCAGAUGAGGGUCCCAAGGACAAGCAGGAGGGCCCCGAGGCUGAGUACCUGACCUCCCGCUGCGUCCUCUUCACCUACUACCAGGGGGACAUCAGCACCGUGGUGGACGAGCACUUCUCUAGGGCACUGAGCUCCUACAUGGACGGGGACAGCAAGCGGCGGGCUUCGGAACAGCAAGCUGCAGGUACUACAGAAGCCCCCUCACCUAGCAGCCGACGAAGCUUCCCUCCAUCCUUCUGGGACAGUAACUACGCCUCACCUCAAAGCCGCUCCCACUGCGAGACAGGAGCACCUUCGUAUUCCAUGGACCCCUACGCGUCAGGACUUCACCCGGGACUGGCGCACCCGCACGCCCACCCUCACCCGCACGCUCACCCUCACGCCCAUCCUCCUCACCCUGCAGAGAGCUGGGGAUACCCCCAGGCCCAGGCUUACGGGCCCCCGAGGCCUCUCCAUGAACUGUACUCCCCUUCUGCUUUGGAGCCACACUACGGGCCCCUGCUCAUGCCCACCGUGCGGCCACCUCACCUGCCGACCUUGCCCAGCCACUAUGAAGUAAGCAAGCUGGAGCCCACGGCUUCCUGGCCAGGCCUGCUCCCCCCGGGGGACGUCGGCCAGACGCUGGCCCUCAACAUGGAUGCAGGUAAUCACAUAAAGGGUACUUUAGGGUUCGGAUUUGGGUUCAUCCCUCACCGGAACAAGAACCUCUAAUGUCGAACACCAUCCUCCAGGAUGCUUGGCAAUAAUCUAACAAUUAUUGUCUACGUCACACCAGAUCCUCAUUGCAUAUCAAUUCAAUUGUGGGCUGUCAAAAUAUCCCGCCUUUUCUGGGUAUUGUAAAAAAGUAUAAAUGCCUUUGAGCAGAAGCCACCUUUUAACACCCCUUGCUGAAGCUGUUUUUGCUAUUGGAAUAUGCGUCGGACAAAACAAGCCAAAGAAAAGCAAAAUGUGCUGAUAAGGUAAUCCUUUGAUGCUGAAGUCACUUGAGGGCUGAUGACAUGUUUGGUGACAUCACACAAGACGAGGGUUCAAGCUUGAGAACCCUGACCAUGACGUUCCGUUCAAACAAACAUCAUUUCGAUUAGAAAGGUUUUGACGAUUUGUAGGGACAGCAAGUACAGUCAAACCUCAGUUUUCAUACACCCCCGUUUUCGUAGGAGUCGGUCGUCUUCGAAAAUCUUGCCUCGGUUUUUGUACACUGUUUUGGUUUUCAUACAACCGAGUCCGUUUGCCCUGUACUGUAUCCUUCCGUGAAAUUGAGUAAUUUGAUAAAAGUUACAUACAGCAGUUUGAUAAAGAAUGUGAGAAACUAUUGAAUUCUAACUCGCCAGAAUGUACGGGAAGUGUGCAUCAACAAUAACUUAUAUCCAUUUGUCAUUUAUUAUUAUUUCACAUUGUUUUCUGCAUGUAAAACUAGAAUUAUUCUUUGUAAAAUGUAUUUUUUCUUAAUAUUUUUGGGUGUCUGGAAUGGAUUAAGUGGAUUUACAUUACAGUAAUCCCUCACCACUUUGCGCUUUGAAUUUCAUAGCGUCACUCGAUGAGAGGUUUUUCAAAAAUAAAUGAAUCAAUAAAUCAUCGCUGUUUCGUGCUUGAAUAAGGCCUAUUAGCCCCAAAAUAGGCAUAUUUAAGCAAAUUUUACAUGUCUUUGCCUAAAUUAAGCAUUUUCAAGCAUAAAAAUGACUAAAGGAACUAACAUAGUAAGUAAGCAAGCUAAGGCAUUCAGAAGGCUUAUUCACAGACGAUGUGAUGAUAUGUAUUAUUCUACUCUGGUCACUAGGUGUCAGUAAUGUUACUGUAAUGUACAGUGAGACACACAAGCACCAGACUCGAUCGCCAGAACAACAGGGUUUUACUAAGAUUGAAUUAUCUCACAACAGACACAAUAAUCCCUAAAAUGGGAUAUUGUUGCGGCCAUAACCCACGCCAAGCUAAAACUCAACUCUGAACCCAUUCAGCUCCGAAAAACAUUUACAGCAACACACACAAGCACAAUAAUAAAUAAUAAUGUUCUUAAGGGUCAUUACAUUCCAUUGAUGAGACAAUAGCCACCUCAGGAAGUACUGUACAGAACAGGAAGUGAAAAAAGAACAACAACAAGGAACCCUCCCAAUGCUGAGUGUAAGUUUAUAUGAUGUUUUAUUUAUGUCUUAAAUGGCUUAUUUUCUCUUGUUAUGUCUACGAUAUUGGGCAAAACGAAUGUAAUGGUGACUAUAGGGGUGGUAUUUCCUGUCAAGAGGACUCUAAUAAUAAUGUUAUCAGUCGAUGCUAAAUGGUGCCAGACCCGGCCAUGAUAUGUGAAUUUCACCAAAGUAGGAUUCCUUAUUUAUAAAUUGAAUAUUUUCCUAGUUAGAGCAUCGGAAAUCUGUUUACGGAUGUCUAAACACGGUUUUUAACACUAUUAGAGCCCUUCAGACACAAAAUAACAACCCUAU